AUGAAUAUGGAUAUGGACUCCUCCACUUCGUCCCACAUGGACAUGUCUAUGACUUCUGCCACUAGCUCCAUGGCAAUGGCUACCGCAUCUCCAUCCAGUUCUAUGGAUAUGGACAUGUCCAUGGACAUGGGCAUGAACUACUAUCUGACCACCCAUUACAAUCACUACCCGGUAAUUUUCCACACCUUGCGUGCCAGCUCUGGAGCUGGGGCCUUUGGCAUUUUCUGUGUGCUCUUCUUUGGUGCCGUUUUCUUCAGAGGUUUAUUCUUCCUGAGCGCUUAUCUGGAACAACGGGUGUUCCACAACCUUACGAACGCGGUCUUGAUUCAAGAAAUAGACAAUUGUGCAUGUGAUCCAGAAGAGGACAAGAAACCCGAUUCUAGUGGCGGAACCCUGCGCGCCAACUCCCUCGGCCUUGGUAAGAUCAUCAGACAGACGUUCUGUCCGGGAUUAGGGGAAUUGAAAAGAGAUUUUAUUAGACUACUUAUCGCCUUCACUGCGACGAUGUUUGGAUACGCAUUAAUGCUUGCAGCCAUGAGCUUUGUCCUGCUCUACUUCUUCGCAAUCUGUCUCGGAAUGGCUUUUGGAGAGAUCUUCUUCAACCGCUUGUCUAUUGUACUUGGAAUCAACAAAAACAGCUCCUUGUGCGGAUCGCUCCACUAG